AUGGUGCUUGAGAAAUAUCCAAUAUUAUUUCGAACAUUAAAAUUUUUAACAAUUUUAACGACCUUUGCUAUUAUAGCGUCAGAAAUAAUGCAAUAUAAAGCAUUUACAUUACAUUUUGCACAUGAUACAAAUAAUAUCAUGCAUGAUUAUUAUCAAAAUUCAAGGACAAAUCUAUAUGGUAUAAAAAUAUUAUUUUAUAUUAUAUUGAUUUUGACGAUUAUUAUCAAUGGUGUACAAUUUGUUAAAUUUAAUAUGUUAUGGAGGGAAAGUUCUUUCAUUCGAGAUAUUGCAUUCGGAGGAGGAUUUUCAAUUGUAUGGAUAAUCGCCGGUUUAAUAAACAUAUACGCGUAUUAUCAUGCACCAGAAUUAACGUGUCCCGGUUAUUCUACAAAAAAACAUCCAUCAACACAAUCUUCACAAAUUCCAUGGGAAUUACAAUUAAAAUGUAAAUUAUAUUUGUCAAAUACUGCUUUAGCUUGGUUAAACGUUGUAAUAUUUUUUUUAUCUACUGCAUUAUAUUGGAAAUUAUUGAUCAAUAGAAAUAGAGAAGUACUUAUAAUGCCAUAA